GAAGUGGGUGCGAAAACACAUUCAGUAGCUAUGGUAACGACAGCUCAGGCGUCAAUACCGUCGCCUCUUCACAUCACUCCGCGUUACGUAAACAAAAUGGACAGCGACGAUAACGCAAAGGCCUUAGCCAGGUCCAUCCUUGGACCAGCCAAGGACGCUGAAUUCCUUGCGAGCUUUGUCCGAGUCGGCAUAGUAGAUGAGGAAGAAGAGGACACCACCCCAAAAGCAUCCAUCAGCAAGAGAGCCCCGCAAUCCGCUGACAAAAGCAAUGAAGUCGUCGAAGAAGAAAAACAUUCGACGAAGGAAAGGAAAGUUUCCCCCAAACCGACGAAAAAGAGCGCUAAACGCAAACAGAAGCGUGAGAGACGACUGCGAGAAGAAGAACUGUAUACCGACAAAGACCGAGCUGCUGCCGUAGUGAUGGGCUCCAGGGAUAUCAAGCAGUCGCUGAGCAUGAAGGACAAGGCGGAGAGAAGCAGCGCAUUACAAUUGCCCGAGGAAGCUGAUGCUGGGAAUUUGCUGGCCCUGGCCAGAGCAGAAAUGACUCGCGAAAGAUUUAGGACCGCUUUUAAUUUUGUUAACAAGGCUAUAGAACUGGCUCCAGAAGAGAAGGCAGCCUACGUCGCGCGCAGCAAAUGCCAUCUCCUUCUCGGCGAGCCUAAGGCCGCACUAGCGGACGCCGAGACCGCACUGGCUUUAGACCCCAAGCACGGGAAGGCGCUACUUCACAAGGCUGAGGCGCUGUACUAUUGCGGGGAGUUUGAGAUGAGCCUGGUGCAUUACCACAGGGGCUUGCGUGCGAGGCCUGACUUAAACGAGUUUAGGCUGGGAGUGCAGAAGGCGCAGGAGGCCAUAGAAAACACAAUAGGCGCCGUAAAACCAGCGAAGAAGCCAACCAAGCGGACUCGCUCCAAGUCCGCCCGGCCGGUCCUCGGUCAGCUCAUGUCCGACAAGCUUUACUUAGAAAACCUUUUAAAGAACCCCGGCUUGGCCAUCGCGGACAGGAAGAACAAUAUUGUGACUCAGCAGGCUGAGGAGGCGUUGAGAUUCCUCGAGAACAGGGAGGAAUUCUGGAGGCAGCAGCAGUCGCAGCAGACGUUAUAA